AUGGCGCUUGUCUACGAUACCCUGUUCUCCCACGAGUACCAAGAGCGUCUACUGGAAAAAUCACCACUUCGAAGAUGGAUUCACAAGAUCCGAUCCACGGGAUUUGGAACGAUUUGGCUGUUGCUGCUCAUUUGUGGCUUCAGCUCAAGAAAAGCCGUGCAUCGUGCUCUCACUCAUGGUUCUCAAAUGGCCAGGGAAGGUUCCCGAAGUGCACUGCAGCAGAUGGGUAAGGCUGUUCGACGUACAUUGGCACCUGAGGCCUUAAAGGAUGCACAGCGCAGCAAGGCUAUGGAAAAAAACUCCAACGAUGUGAAUGCCGUGAAAUCCGCGGGUUCGCAGCGGAACGACGUCGGGUCUCCUGCCGAGUUCUCUGGUCGGGAGAAGCUCUUUGAAUUUUUGUUGAAGCACAUGGACACGGUGCUGGUGGGAUUUUUGGGCUACAAACUGGUCUUAUUGGUGCUCUACACCAUGCCGAUCACUUAUGGCUUUGGAAUCAAAACUGCUUUCCUGAAAUGGGCCUCUAAGGCUCACCUGUUUAGAUUGUACUUGAGAUCGGCGCCUUUUGCAUGUAUUGGCAUUGUCGCUGCUGCCUCAGCUGCUGCGCACUACGGCAAUGCCACGGAUGCGAUCGGACGAGCAACCAUCAGCCGAUGGAGGGCACUUGGCUUAUUGAAUGGCAUCCUGACCUACUGCACAGCCAGGAUGUUCGAGCUCAUCCGUGGAGAUUACAAGCCCUUCAUUGCACUAGAAGAGUCGGCCCAGGAGAGAGAGCUCUUGGCCUUUGAGCCACCGGCGAAGGGAACGGCCUGGCAGAAGAUGCUUCAGGCACUUUUUUGGCCCCAGAGAGCCUUCACACCCCCACAGCUCUUUGGUGCCGAAGAACUUGGAUCUGAACGGCGACGGCUGCUUUUCGUGGGAAACCAUGCCAUUCUGGGCAUCGAUGUUCCUCUUUUGCUGUACUGUCUCUACGACGGGUACGAUAUUUGGCCUCGUCCUCUCGGUGAACAUGCGUGGUUUUCAGUCCCCGUCAUCGGGGAGCUGAUGUACUCCAUUGGAGCUGUGGAUGGAACUCGUCGGAAUUGUGAUUUGCUCAUGGAACAGGGCUGCUGUUUGUUGGUGUACCCUGGUGGCGCGCGAGAGGCUUGGAAGCGAACAACGGACAAGCCCUACGAGAUCCUUUGGGGUGAGAAUCAUGUUGGUUUCGUCCGCAUGGCGGUGAGACACGGUUACACCAUCGUACCAGUGGCCACAGUUGGAACUGAAGAUGUGGUGCGACCAGUCAUGGAUGUGCCCAUUCGGGAGGUUCUCACGGCUGGAGGGAUGUUGAAACCGCCGGAGAGCAGCUCCAAAGCCUUUGAAGACGGAGCGCGAUUUCCGGUGGUUCUCCCAAGGCCUGGAGAUGCUCAAAAGGUCUAUUUCCGCAUCAUGCCGGUGCUGCGCACCUCGCACCUCGAAGGUCAGGAGGAGGACUUGGUGCUCCUUCGGAAACUCCGAGAUCUCACGAAGCAGCGCCUGCAGGAAGGCAUUGAUUGGCUCUUGACAUACCGAGAGUCGGAUCCGCAGCGCUUUGUCUUCCGCUCCAACAGUAGCUUGGCGAAGGUUGGCCUCCAGAUCAAAGCUUUGAGGUCGCAGAAAAUGCUGAUGAUGCCUCCGAAACUGUCCAUCGAGAAGGUGUUUGCAGAAAUGAAGGCAAUCGCACAUGCUUCUGGCAAAGAUUCUCAGAAGUCAAAGAAGGAGAAAAUCCAAAAACUGCUGGUGGCAUCCAGGGGUGAGGAGGCCAAGUUUAUCGUUCGAAUGCUUCAAGCCAAGCUGCGAAUUGGGAUCCAGAUCCCAACGCUGCUGCAGGCCCUGGCGUAUGCAUUCACCUUGACCCAGCCUGGCCCUGCGGCUGGACCGGCCAACGUGACCGACCGACGACUUGGACAGGGCAAGCUCUCGCCCGUCGAACUCGAAUCUCAAAUGGUGGCAAUGGAGGCUGCAGUGCGGCAAGCCUUCAGUGAGAUGCCAAACUUCGACAACCUGAUCAAGGCGUUGAUGGAAGGUCGCAACAGCCAGUCCCUGCUAGAGGUUUGCAGGAUCUCCCUUGGGGUUCCAGUGAAACCAAUGCUUGCGAAGCCAUCCAAAGGCAUUGCAGAGGUUGGUGAACGUCUAUCUGGGAAGAGAUUCACUGGCGAAUGGAAGUACGAUGGAGAGCGAGCGCAAAUCCACGUCCUUUCUCGCGACACGAUCCAGAUCUACAGCCGCAAUUCCGAGAACAUGACGGAGAAAUAUCCAGAUGUCAUUCAGGUUGUGAAGGAAACCUUGGCUCAGGACGUGGAGAGUUGCAUCAUUGACAGCGAGCUGGUCGCAUAUGAUCAGGUCAACAAGAAGAUCCUCCCCUUCCAGGUGUUGACCACGCGCGGCCGUAAAAACAUCAACGUGGAGGACAUCAAGGUGAAUGUGUGCUUGUUUGCCUUCGACUGCAUGCUGGUGAACGGCAAACCUCUGGUGAAGGAGCCACUGGAAGUCCGCCGCGAGAAGCUUUGGAAGAUGUUGGCCCCCAUGGAGGGAAAGGCAGUCACCUUUGCUGUAUACAAGAACUUUGAUGACAUCAAUGAGGAGGAGAUUCAGGCGUUUCUGGACGAAUCAGUGGCUGGUUCCUGUGAGGGCCUCAUGCUGAAGACUCUCACAGAUAACGCCACGUAUGAACCAUCGAAGCGAUCCUUGAAUUGGUUGAAACUGAAGAAGGAGCAGCUGAAGUUUGGGGACUACCUCGAGGGAAUGGCAGACAGCAUUGAUGUGGUGCCAAUUGGGGCCUACUACGGCAAGGGAAAGCGUUCUGGUGCAUAUGGGGCCUACUUGCUGGCGGUCUAUGACCAAGAGAACGAAGAGUUCCAGACCGUUUGCAAAGCUGGCACUGGAUUCUCAGACGAGGACCUUCAGACCCACUACAAGUUCUUCAAGGAGCAUUUGAGGGGCUGUGCAGAGACCAACUACAAUGUGAAUGACAAGCUGAAGCCAGAUGUUUGGCUGGAACCUUACCAGGUAUGGGAAAUCCGAGCAGCGGACCUAAGCAUCUCGCCAGUUCAUACCAGUGCCUUUGGUGUCAAGGCGGAUGGCAAGGGCAUCGGCUUGAGAUUUCCGCGCUUUUUAAGAAUCCGCGAUGACAAGACCGCAGAGGAGUCCACGGGGCCAGAGCAGAUCGUGGAGAUGUUCGAGUCACAGGCCUCCGUAGGCGGCCAAGCCAUGGCUGAUGAUGAUUUUUAG